AUGCUGGACUGGAGAUUGGCAAGCGCACACUUCAUCCUGGCUAUGCUCGUGAUGCUAUGGGGCUCAGGAAAGGUGUUCUCCAUGGACGUGCCUAGAACAGAAGCUUUCGGAACAGAAAGCUUGCAGUCUCCACCUGCAGCCAGAGAAGAGAAGUCCGCCACUGAACUUGCGGCUAAACUCCUGCUUCUUGAUGAUCUGGUGUCCUCGGAGAAUGAGGUAUUUGAGACCAAGAAGAAGAGAAGCUUCCCUGGCUUUGGGUCUCCCCUUGACAGACUCUCAGCUGGGUCUGUAGAGCAUAGAGGGAAACAAAGGAAAGUAGUCGAUCAUUCAAAAAAGCGGUUUGGUAUUCCUAUAGAUCGGAUUGGUAGAAACCGGCUCUCCAGUUCCAGAGGUUGAUGGAUUCUCAUCAUAAAACGUACUUGUAUGAGGUGGCACAGAACUUUAGAAGACACUUCAGUGAAGUUCGCUAUGCCUUUUGUCAAGGAUCUGACCUUCUUCAAACCUUGCCAAAGCUUGCCCCUCCUCAGUUCAUCAUGUCAUAGUGUUGCUAUGGUUUUAGUUGAGAUGUACAG